CUCUACUACUACUAUUGUCAUUAAUUUUAGUGUCUAGUGUUGCUUGUAUUGAGACACGUUUAUUUUACUAAGGGUCCCGAUAUUUUGACACCAAAAGUUUGACACCAUUUUAACACUUCCACGUGUCACAACUUGAUUGGUUGCCUUUUAAUUUUUUUUUGAAUUAAAAUUUGAUGUCAAGUUUAAGGGAGGUUUCAGAAAUGUGUGCUUCCAAAAAUGCCCUUGUCCUGUUUCAUUUGAAAUGAACAUUCUUUCUCCUAUUUCAUAAGUCUGGUUUCGUUCUCCCUCUCGCUCUCACUCUUCCUCUCGCUCUCGGUCUCACUGACCUUCUCGCUCUUGGUCUCGCUCACCCUCUCGCUGUAACUGUUGGUUUGGGUGUCGCUCUCGCUAUCGUUUUGAGCAACGUCGUCGUCUUUGUUGAGUUCAUUGUGCGAAAUGGGAAGUUUCGAUAAGCAUGGUUCUUCAAGCUGCAAGUUGAAGAAAGGAAAAGGUACAACGAACGUUUAUGUCGAUGGUUGCAUUUACAUGCUGCAGGUAUGGUUUUGUGAGAAUUUCAUUUCUCCCCAAGGUUCAAUAGAGAAAUUUCCUAGAAUAUUACAUUGGAUGAAUAUACAUUUGGGAGACAACUUCGUGAAAGGAGUUAUGGAGACGGGUGUGGUUCAUCAUGAUGUUGAUUUUGGUAUAAUGAAGGAUAAAAAGGUUGAAAAGGAUGACCAACCAAGACCCAAAAUGAAAGAAGACAAACCAUCAACAAAGAAGCUACUGAAAAGAAAACGUAGAGAGUUUUAUGCGUACUGUAGAAGACCAACAAAAUCUGGUUGCAGAACUUAAAAGGAGGGUUGUUGUCUUGGAGAAAGAGUUGGCCGAAGAGAAAGUUAGGCGAAGAAGACUAGAGGAUGGUGGACAUAGUGUGCCACGUGCAGAACCUUCCAUCUCCCCGGGAGGGAUGUCCAUCGAUCCAACUCCAAUGAAAACAUAUGUGAGGAAGGGGUCACAAAGGCAUUACAAGAGCAUGACCCUUAGGACUCCUUACACUGGAUUGCUUAGAAUAAAAAAUGAGUGAUAUUAGUAUAGGUUUCUUAAGAUGAUGUAAUAUAAAAUUAGUCUUACAU